AUAGUGACCGUGGACUCGGAGGCGCGUUGGGGACGGGCACAGGACCCCUGAUCCGGCUGCGCGGCCUCUCCCCCAGCUCUGUUCUGUUUUCCCAGCAGGUGUCCGGAGGCUGCACUGCGGGGCAGCCGCUUGGGCGGGCGGCCAGUGGCGACUACAGUCCUCAAGAUCUGUUUUUCUCCACACAGGCAGGGACUGGCUGCCAACCCCUCCGGCUACGGGCCCCUUACAGACCUCCCAGACUGGUCAUAUGCGGAUGGCCGCCCUGCUCCCCCAAUGAAAGGCCAACUUCGAAGAAAAGCUGAAAGGGAGAAGUUUGCAAGACGAGUUGUACUGCUGUCACAGGAAAUGGACACUGGAUUACAAGCAUGGCAGCUCAGGCAGCAGAAGCUGCAGGAAGAACAAAGGAAGAAGGAAAAUGCUCUUAAAUCCAAAGGGGCUUCACUAAAGAGCCCAUUUCCAAGUCAAUAAAAAGCAGCUCCUGCCUCCCUCA